AUGGAUUCUCAAGUUCUUGUUGCUCUUGGUCUUUCACUUAUAGGUGGCUUGAGUACAUCUAUCGGUGCGCUGCUUGUGGUUCUUAAUCAGGUUCCAAACAUGAAGAUGCUUGGGCUUCUACAGGGUUUUGCUGGAGGACUGAUGUUGAGUAUCUCAUUUUUUGAUUUAGCUCAUAAUGCCAUGAACUCCAUUGGGUUUCUAAGGGGAAAUGUCUGGUUCUUUGCAGGUGUAAUUUUCUUUGGAAUUGUUUCUAGUCUAAUCCCAGAGCCUGUACUUGCUCCAAGUUCAGAUGCGAAAAGCAAAAAGAUAAACGGGGAUGAUGAUGGAAAGGAUCUGAUGAAGAAGCAUCGACGCCAAGUCUUGUUUAGUGGAAUCAUCACUGCAGUAGGUAUAAGCUUGCAUAAUUUCCCAGAAGGAAUGGCAGUCUUUCUUGGAUCAAUCAAGGGGCUUCGAGUUGGUCUCAAUCUGGCUCUUGCUAUUGCCUUGCACAAUAUUCCAGAGGGUCUUGCUGUUGCGCUCCCUGUUUAUUUUGCAACGCAAAGUAAAUGGAAGGCAUUCAAAAUUGCAACUCUUUCUGGCUUUGCUGAGCCUCUUGGUGUCAUUAUAGUAGCCUACUUAUUUCCGAGCAGCUUGAACCCUGAAGUUUUGGAAGGUCUUCUUGGAUCAGUUGGUGGAGUGAUGGCCUUUUUGACCUUGCAUGAAUUAUUACCAUUGGCUUUUGAUUAUGCUGGACAAAAGCAAGCUGUCAAAGCUGUAUUCUUUGGAAUGGCAUUCAUGUCUGCCAGCUUGUAUUUUCUCGAGCUCAGCUUGCCAGAGGAUAUGAGCUUGUGA